UCCAUUCGCUAAUAGAUCUCUUCCAAAAGUUCCAAGUUCUUAGUACGAAGUUCUUCGUAGUAAGCGAAGAUCAUGAAGCUGGUGGUAGCAAGAUCCAUGAAUUCGCUGUCACUGCUGCUGCUGGUGAUCGUCUCUCUUUCAUUCUCGAUUGGUGUCAAUGCCGCCGACGCCGAUCCACUGCAAGACUUCUGCGUCGCCGACCUCUCCAAGGAUCUCUCCAUGAAUGGCUUCCCUUGCAAGCGAGCCUCCAACACCACCGUCGAAGAUUUCAUCUUUAGCGGCCUCAAACAAUCAGCCAACACGAGCAAUCCAGUCGGCGCUGACGCGGUGUUUGGAUCCGUCUUCCAGUACCCGGGCCUCAACUCGCUGGGCCUCUCCAUCGCAAGGCUCGACUUCGCAAAGGGCGGCUUGAUCCCGCCUCACACCCAUCCCCGCGCGUCCGAGAUGAUCUACGUCGUGGAGGGGAGCAUGUACGCCGGGUUUGUCACCACGGACAACAAGCUCUUCGCUCGGGUCAUCUCCAAAGGCGACGUGAUGAUCUUCCCCCGGGGUUUGAUCCACUGGCAGCUCAACGUUGGGAACACCACCGCAAUGGGGAUCGUCACCCUCAACUCGCAGUUCCCUGGCUUCCAGCUCAUCGCCGACUCCAUGUUUGGAUCGAAUAUCCUGGAUGAGGUGCUGGUCAAGACCUUCUUCAUCGACGAGAAGGCCGUGCAACAGCUUAAGUCAAUCUUCGGCUAGGAAAAAGAAACCAAAAAACAUAAAAGAAAUUAGUGUUCGUCUUCGAAUAAAUACUUAUUGCCGCGAGUGUUCUGUGCUUGAGAGGUCUUGGAAUCUCUCGUUGCCACGCUUCGUCCUCGA